AUGAGCUCCGAUGAACUACUAGUAAAGAAACAUGUGAAGUAUUUCCAAAUGUGUCUCAAUGUCUUACCUUCAAGAUUACAAAAAGAAGAUUCAAAUAAAUUAAUGAUUAUAUAUUGUUGUAUUGCAGGACUAUCAAUUUUAAAAUAUCAAUUCACAAUUCAAGAGAAAACAGAUUUGCUUAAUUUCAUUUAUGAACAUCUUGUUGACACAGGUGAAGGAUUCAGAGGUUCAUUAACACAUAAAUUAUACACUGGUGCUGUUGGUGCUAAUUAUGAUCCUCCAACUAUUGCAAAUACUUAUUGUGCACUUUGUAUAUUAUCAAUGAUUGAGGAAGAUUUCACUGAAAAAUUGGAUAAAUUACAGAUAAUGAAAUAUUUAAUCAAAUGUCAAGACCAAGAAGAUGGUUCAAUUAGAUCAAUCGUGGAUAUUAAUGAUCAACCAUUUGGUGAUGGAGAUUUAAGACAAACUUAUAUGGCAUUAUGUAUAAGGAAAAUGUUAAAUUAUAAUCCAUUAGAAUAUCAAGGAUUAGAUUUAAAUCUUUCAAAAAUUGAGGAAAAUAUCCUUGGUCAAAUUUGCUUUGAUGGUGGGUUAGGUCUAGGAGAAUCACAUGCUGGUUAUACAUUUUGUGGAUUAACUUCAUUAAAACUUAUAGGGAAAUUAAAUACCCAAGAUUCUAGAUGGAACAAGACAAUAAAUUGGUUAAUACAUAGACAAAUUGAUUUCAAUGAAUAUAAUAAAGAAUUAUUAAACACACCAUUUGGUGAUGAUAUUGAUAUUGGAUCUCAUAAUGGUCGUGAUAAUAAAUUUGGUGAUACAUGUUAUUCAUUUUGGUGUUCAAGUUCAUUAGCAUUAUUUGAUAAAGAAUUUUUCAUAGAUGGUCCUAAAACUGAAAAAUAUCUUUUAGAAGUUACACAAAAUAAUAUUCUUGGUGGAUUUGCCAAAUCUGAUGCUGAUGAUCCUGAUCCAUAUCAUAGUUUUCUAGCAUUAUCUGCUUUAACAAUAAUUAAUUCUCAUUGUAAAAAUGAAUUAGAACCUAUAGAUCCAUUACUUUCAAUUACGUUAAAAGCAUCAACUUUUCUAAAAAAAGAUUAA